GAUGGAAGUCGAAAGAAGCGCCGUGGAUACGAGGAUCCCCUGUCCCGUCUAAUAACGAGUACUGUGCGAAUCAAUGGACCUACAAUGAUUACACUGUCGCUGUGGUGUACGCCAUUAGCUUUGAGAUGAGCGCAGUCCACUACAUGCUCGACAAUGAACGUCCCCGUUUGCCCACCAAGCAGGGCGAUUCAAACCUAUACGUCCUGGGCAAACUCAGCGGUCACAAUGUCGUGAUUGCCUGUCUUCCAGGUAUAAAAGGGAAAGGAGCCACAGUAAUUUUUACUAAUAAUAUGUAAUGUACAUUCCUAUUAUUUAAAUAGUGGCUUCUGGUGGGC